UUCUUUUCUUUUUUUUUUUUGUUGUUGUUGCCUGAUUUCACUCCGCCGCUCGUCCUCCACGCCUCGGGUCUACAUUUGCAGAUCGACUCCUGCUAUCGUGCGUAAUGUAUCAUAGAGAGGAAACACAGUAAAUAGACGGACACGUCCAUCUGCGAGGAAGAGGAAAGGAAGAUGGUGAUGAUGGCUUCGCCGAAACCAGCCUUCAAAUUCUCGAUACCGAUGGCGAAGCCUUCUCUCCCUCUCAAGCUCUUGUUCUGGGUCUUUAUUGUCGUCAGUCUCUCGUCAAGCUCCCUCCAGACUGAAGACGAUGACGAGGUGUCUAACAAGACGUGGGUGCUCACUCCUAAAGUGUACGAGAGUGACGUCACACACAUCCUCAACGGCCUCCUAGACGGAUACGACAACAAACUCAGACCUGACAUUGGAGUCAAGCCGACAGUGAUCCACACUGACAUGUUUGUGAACAGCAUCGGCCCAGUGAAUGCUAUUAACAUGGAAUACACCAUCGACAUCUUUUUCGCUCAGACUUGGUACGACAGGAGGCUAAAAUUCAACAGCACGAUGAAGGUCCUGCGUCUUAACAGCAACAUGGUGGGAAAGAUCUGGAUCCCGGACACCUUCUUCCGAAACUCAAAGAAGGCGGACGCUCAUUGGAUCACGACACCCAAUCGAAUGCUGAGGAUCUGGAAUGACGGACGGAUACUGUACACUCUCAGGUUGACCAUUGAUGCUGAGUGCCAGCUUAAACUGAACAACUUCCCGAUGGAUGAGCACUCGUGUCCCCUGGAGUUUUCAAGCUAUGGCUACCCAAGGGAGGAGAUUGUGUACAAAUGGAAGAGGAGCUCGGUGGAAGUUGGAGACAUUCGCUCCUGGAGGCUCUACCAGUUCUCCUUUGUGGGACUGAGGAACACCUCUGAGGUUGUCAGGACCGUCUCAGGCGACUAUGUGGUGCUGACCGUCUUCUUUGACCUGAGCAGGAGGAUGGGCUACUUCACCAUCCAGACCUACAUCCCCUGCACACUUAUCGUUGUCCUGUCCUGGGUUUCAUUCUGGAUCAAUAAGGAUGCCGUACCAGCGCGGACAUCGCUAGGCAUCACCACUGUGCUGACCAUGACCACACUGAGUACCAUUGCCAGGAAAUCUCUUCCGAAGGUCUCCUACGUGACUGCUAUGGACCUGUUCGUCUCAGUCUGCUUCAUCUUCGUCUUUGCCGCACUCAUAGAGUACGGUACGCUGCACUACUUUGUCAGCAACAGGAAGCCGAGCGCCAAAAAGGACAAGAAGAAGAAAAACCCGCUCCUCCGGCUCUUUUCCUCAAAGCAGACACCCACGGUGGACAUCCGUCCACGCUCGGCCACCGCCAUCCAGAUGAACAACGCCACGCACAUGCAGGAGCGGGACGAGGAGUACGGCUACGAGUGUCUGGACGGAAAAGACUGCACCAGCUUCUUCUGCUGCUUCGAAGACUGCCGCUCCGGAGCCUGGCGGCACGGCCGGUUGCACAUCCGCAUCGCCAAGAUAGACUCGUAUGCACGCAUCUUUUUCCCUACCGCGUUUGGUCUCUUCAACCUCGUCUACUGGGUCUCCUAUCUCUAUCUCUAGGUGUGGAUGUGUAUCCAGCCUUAUCAUACAGUCCAUUGCAUCCUACAUAAGCUCUGUGCCAGCAAAUGACAUUUCUGAUGGAGGGGACCUACAGAAAUAACCAGAUAAUUGAUUUUCAGCAUUUCUUCUUUGUUUUUUUUUGUU